AGCUGCCUCGCAUGGGUAAACCAAAAACAACGGGGAGAAAAACGUGGGAAUUAUCUUUUGCCGGUGAUUUUUGCGAAUAAAAAUGAACGAGAGCGGCCCGACAGAAGCGGUGAUUCCAGCGUGUAGUGUGGAUCUUUUGCAACCGGACAGGACACACAUUUCUGCCUGGCGAGAUAAAUCCGAGUUCGAGCAUGUGUUCCGGCAACUGUUUGAGGCGACGAGGCCGGAAGAUAUCGAAGCGAAGGAGGACGCGUUACAGUGGCUGAAUGUGUGGAAGGUGCGGCUCAACAAAAGCGUCCCCGUUUGCGUGCGCUGCACGGCAACCGUCCUCGAGGCUCAGCUGUUCGAUCUUCGCAUGCAGCGUGACGAUGGCGAUCCGAAUGCGACCGAAAUCAAGAACAUUUAUGCCGGUGCCUUCACCCGCUUCGUCAACUACGUUACCGAGGAAACGCAAACGUAUCAGCAGCACCGGAAGCGAACGAUAGCCCAGCAUGUGCGAGGUAUCGGUAUCGAGCCGUUUCUGGUGGAACUGCGGCACCUCUGUGCCCACCGAUCGGUAUCGAUCGCGAUCGAUGUGUUCCGCCGGUCGGCCCAGUACUGUAUGGACUGGUUGAAGGAUUCGUACUGGCAGCGGGAACUGAACACCAUGCAACCGGUCACCUAUGAAACGCUGCACCGCGCCAAACGGACCCCACUAAGCGACGAGUUCUGUUCCGUCCUGCGUGCGUAUGAUGCCGCGACGGCCGGUUUGUUACGAAAGAGCACCACUGUACAGCACACGCGCUCCGAUCUGACCGACUCCGAGUAUAAGGCUCUGCAAGCGGAAGAGACACGCCGCGGAACCGACAAUCUGCGUGUGAUCGCUCAGCACCUUCUGGCGCAGUUCGUGCGUAAUCAGCGCACCAUCGCCCACAAUCUGACCGGUGUGCGGAAGGUGUGCGACGCAGUAAUGGCCAACUGUCGCUAUCUGAUGCAGGAUCCGGUCCGAUACCGACAGGGACACUGGGGAAAGCUGCACAGCGUUUUCUUCCGAGCGCUCGCCGAGACCGGUUGCUUGCAGGAACUGUUCGAGCGACUGCUAGCCGUGGCGGAGAGUGACACCGAAGAUGAACAGGACCGUUCGAUGGCCAGCUUUUGGACGGUGAAGAUCGCAACCGGGUUCCAGCUGUUGAAGGAGUUCAAGCGGUACUGCCGAACGCUCCAUACCCAGCGGUUGGUGUCGUUCCAGGAGCUGGUAAAUGGUAAAGCAAAACGGAAGCUUGUGGCUGAACGGCUGGCACAGGAGUGGUACCAGCAGAAGUUACAGAAACUUGCACCGCAACACCUCAUACUCGGUCUCACCGUGGACUGUCCCUGGCGUUUGCGAUUGGAUCGGCGCCAACUCAAGACUCACCUGAACGCGAUCAACCCGCACACGAGGAAACUUCUACCGAUAUUGUUCACACUAGUGGAACCCCCAUUGACGGCCGCUCAUCAGCAACAUCUUUGCACGAUGAUCGAGAUCUAUGCCGACUCUUGGAGGCAGACAGGUGGCGGGCAGCAGACGGCCGGUUCUAUGCCGAACUAUGAACAGCUACUUGCGUCGAAAACUUACGCCGUUCAGGAUGUGAUCGAACGGUUGGGACGGGGACGAACGACGAAAAAGUGUGGACUAUGGGAGGCACCGGAUGAGGGGCUUGACUGGGAUGAGUAUCCGCUAGGAAUUACACGACGUGACGGCUUGUGUAAAGCCUGAUCGAAGCGUCCAGCAAUCCAGUUGGUGGCGUGCAUGGAAAGGGCGAACCGAAUGAAAUAUAUAUUCCGCAUACAAUUAGCAGA